AGAGCCGAACAUCCGAAACCACAUGUACACACAACUCAGCCGACAGCGACAGUCGGUGUGGGGUGAAAAAUACCACUCAGGCUUUCAAGACCCUCAACCUCACCAGGACCUUCCUACAGGAAACAAAUCAACUCCACCGCAUAUAGCUUGAACACCUCACCACCACAUACCGCACCUUUGGGCAGUAGAGGCCGUGACACACAGCCUGCACGGCCCCAACAAACCCCCGAGAAGAAGAAAUGUCACAUCCAGACUAAUGUGAAGGAUUCCCCAUCCAUCUCCUCUGUCCAUGUCUCCGUGGUGUAAUAAGCAUCAUCCAAGCAGCUAUGCAGAGCCUCCAGUAUGUCCAUCUGUCCACUGAAAGUGUUCAGGGCUGGAGGAACUACACCAGUCAGGCUGUUCAACUCUUGGAUCUCAACAGAAACAUUUUGGAUUCCUAUGUGUUGGAUUUCUUCACUGAAGAUUUAUGGUCUCGACUGAAUCCAAAGUGGACAGCUGUUCUUGACAAAUUCUGUCCUGGUGAUCUUGCCUCAUUCUUGCAGCAUGGUGCAAGUAUUAAACAGGAGAGUGCUUGGCCCCUGUCACUCCUGGCCUUCCGUGCCGCAUCCCAUGCCCUCAGCCUCCCCCGGAAGGCUGUGUCUUCUGUGGACCCCCUCCUGCACUACCUCAGUCAGCAGGUCCAGACAGGCAACAUUAACCUUAAUAAACCAGAGUAUCAUGAGAUAUCAUGUAAUAUAGAAAAUAAAUCAGAAAUUGAAUGCAACAGUGGCACUGUUCAGUGUGAGACACACAGUAAGGCAUCACACAAGAAUGUAGAUAAAAGUGAUCCAGAUUAUAUCUCUCCAGUACAACAAGUGUCAGUUUCAUGGGGAGAUUCUGAUUCUGAAUUGAGUGCAGCUGCAGGACAACACAAAUUACUGCAACACGUGUUCCGCCGCCACCUGAAGCCAAAGAAGCAGCAUGAGGUGGCUCGCCUGGCCAUCGUGGCAGCCCAGGUGGCUCGUUGCAUCUGUGAUGGAGUUAUGGUGGAUGUUGGCUCAGGGCAGGGCCACCUCUCAAGACUCCUGGCCUAUGGACAUGAUGUGAGAGUCGUUUGUCUUGAGGCAGAGGAUAAAUUCAUUGAUGGAGCUCGCAAGUUUGAUCAUCAGCUGGAGAAGGCUGUUGAAAAGAUGACCAGGAAGAACACCAGUCUGCCGCCUCUCCCCCCUGGUCCCCGGCAUGCUGUGUGCCACCUCCAGCCCAACAUGGACCCACAUGCUUUCACCAAGGUUAUCACAGGGGUCUGGCCAGAUCUGCAUUCAAGAGGGGAGAUGUGUGGCCUCCUGGGCUUGCACACAUGUGGGGAUCUGGCACCAACCCUGCUCAGAAUUUUCACCAGCAUGUCAGCGUGUCGGGCUGUGGUGUGUGGGUGCUGCUACAUGAAGUUGACCACUAUCAGUGAGGAGACAGAAAACCCUGGUUAUCCCAUGAGUAACUUUGUGAGGCGUCUCCCUGGCCAUACCCUGAGCUAUGAGUCUCGGGAGGUGGCCUGCCAUGCGGUGGAGAUGUACAGUGACCGUCUCUCUCUUGGCGCUGACAAUCUGAAGGUUCACUGUUACCGUGCCUGUCUGGAGGUGGUCCUGGUGAGGCACUGGCCACAUCACUACCAUGCCGGUCUGCGCUCAGUCAACAACGCACACCACAUGGACUUUCCAACCUAUGCUAAGCAGGCAGUGUCUCGGCUGCAGGACGUGGUGCUACCCGAGGCGGACCUGACAAGUGAAGAAACCUUGUAUAACCUCACCAGAUGGCAACAGGUGGUGGUAUACUACUCACUACGGUUGCUGCUGGCACCAGUAGUGGAGGCCGUGGUGCUGCUGGACCGACUGCUGUAUCUUCAUGAUAAUGGUUUUGAGGGCAUUCUCUUUCCUGCCUUUGAUCCACAACUGUCACCGAGGAAUCAUGUUCUUGUCAGUGUCAAACCAACUAAUAAAUUAUGACAAUUAAGUAAUGGUUUUCAAAUGAUCAUCAAAAUUCCAUUCCCAGCAUAAUGAGUGGGAGUGAGUGCAGACCUGUUGGUGUCUUCCAUACUACUGAGCCUUGAGCCACAUGCUGUCAACCAUUCUUGCCACUCAAAACACAUGAGAUAAAUAUAUCGAGGAAUCUCC